UCUUACCCCCGCCCUCCCCGCCUGUUCCCUGCCCCCCUCUGCUCCCAUCUACUACGUACUACCUAUCAGUACUCUGUUUAUGUGCCGUUACUGCUAGGCAUCAGACACUUGCGACGAAAGAAGAGGGAAAAAAAAAAGCAUGUGCAGAGGCCAGAGCAAGAGUCGGGGUUAUCAGACUUCGACCUUGGGGUCUGCAGCAUCAUGAGCCAGAGCACCGGCUCGCCGACAUCGCCGCCCCCGCCCCCGCCCACGGGUUCUCCUCCCUCGGGCGCUCCUCCCGCACCGCCGCCCGGUGCCCCGCCGCCUUAUGGCAACCCGGCCGACCUCGCCCACGACUCGCGCCAGGCUAACAUAUACGCCGCUGCCGUGCUCUGCUGGGCCAUUGCCGCCCUGUUUGUCGCCCUGCGAUUCUACACCAGAGGCUUCCUCAUCCGCGUCUUGGGGCCCUCCGACUGGAGCAUUCUGCUGUCAUUGAUAUUUGCGGGCGCUACCUGCGCUUCGGUGGUAGAACAGGCCGUACAUGGCUCGGGCCGACACAUCUGGGACCUCAAUCCCGCCGACACACCGUCCGCCAUAGCGUGGGGAAGAGCGGCAUGGUACGGGCUCCUAUUCUACACCUUGACGCUGUGUUUCUCCAAGGUCUCGAUCCUGCUGCUCUACAUCCACCUUUUCAGCUUCCGGUGGGCGCGGCUCGGCGGCCAGAUCCUGCUAGGCGUCGUCGCCGUGUCGACCGUGUACAUGGCCGCCACCAUCUUCACCGCCUGCAUCCCACUGCGCUCGUACUGGGACUUUAACCUCAAGCAGCAGUACUGCCACCCACAGAGCAUCUGGUGGUCCAACACGGGCCUGCACAUGGCCACCGACUUCCUCAUCUUCCUGCUACCCAUGCCCGUCGUGUGGACCAUCCUGCUGCCCCGCCGCCAGAAGCUGAUCCUAUCUAGCGUGUUUGGCCUAGGCUUUGUCGUGUGCUUCAUUUCGAUCCUGCGCCUGAUACAGCUGAUCCAGGUGGAAAACUACCCGAACCCAGACUUCACGUGGUCGGCGGCCGAGCUGUCGUACCUGACGGUGGUGGAGAUCAACGGCGCCAUCGUGUGCGCGUGCGUCAUGACGCUCAAGCCGUUCGUGGCGCGGUACCUGCCGGGCCUGCUGGGCGGCGGGGGAUCGGGCGGGAGCGGCGGCGACAACAACAACAACAUCAACAACACGCUCGCGCCGCCGACGAUCGGGUCGCGGCCGACGGCGCCUGAGGCGGGGGUAGACGGCGGCAAGCGCCGCAGCGGAGCCGGCAGCGGCAGCGGCAGCACGUGGGUGGACAGCGGCUAUGUGGAGCUCGACGAGGACGCGUGGGGCGUCGUCGACGUCGUCGAGCUUGCCGACCAAAAGGACGGCCACGGCCGCGCCCUACCGGUCCGCGACGGGGACGGGGAUGACAGCAGCACCGCCGCUAGUCCCACGGGCACGAGCAUCACUGCCGCGAGCAACAAGAAUAACAAUAACACAACAGCAACAGCAACAGCAACAGCAACAGCAACAGCAACAGCAACAGCAACAGCAACAAUAAUAGCAGCAACGAAAGCGACAACGAUAACAGGGGCUCGGCACCGGAAAACGGAAACGGACACAGGAACGGGCACGGGCACGGGCACGGGGAAAAUUCCAUUAGCAUCGAUGAUACCAGGAGGAAGGAGACGGCGGCGGUGGUGCUGGUCGAAAUGGACGUUGUCAAGAUGGAUUGAUUUCCCCAUUCUAGGAAACCUGGUAAUUAAUUGUAAUCUACUAGGGUAGUUAUCUGGAUUCGAAGAAUCUCUCGAAGCAAGACGCGGUUUUGGCUGUUUGUUUGGUUAUCGAUCAGGGGCUUGGUCUGGCGC